AUGAAUCAUUCAUAUAAUCAUAAUGAUUUAUUAACUAUAUCAUCUAUAACUAUAAAUAAUGAUAGUCGAAUUGAUUCAGAAACGCAUACAAUUACACAAAUUUGUUUUUCAUUAGCAUUUUGUUCUACAUUAAUCCAUCUAAUAUUUAUAUUAUAUUUUAAACGUAUAAGAAAACUUUAUGGUUUCUGUAUCAUGGUACAUUGUUUAUUUUAUUCAAUUUCAUAUUUAAUGACAUUAAUUACAUGUUCAUUAAGUAAAAAAACUAAUCUUAUUCAUAUUAUUUUUGGAUAUUUAGCCGAUUAUUGUAUCUUGACAACUAUAAUAAUGAAUUUAAAAUCAUCAUUAAUGAUUGUUUAUUUAUUGUUGAGUAGACGGGAAAAUAUAAAUGGUUACCAUGGCAACUAUCAGUUAUGUAAUUCUAGUAAUGUAUGUUUAAAUCAUAUUAAAAAAUUAUGUUAUAUAAUGGGACAUAUAAUGGUUAUCAUUUUACCUAUAUUAUGUAUUGUAAUUAGUAUAUUUUUAUUUGAAACCAAUAAUUAUAUCAGUGAAGAUCAUAAAGAAUUUGCUGUUAUAUCAUGUAAUUUAACACCAAAUUAUGGACAUUUUUAUAUUUUCUUUCCAAUAUUAUUUAUAUUAUUAUUAUUACAAUUUUCUUGUAUUUUAAUUAUAAUUAAAUUGCUUAUUGGUCAACAACAAAAUACUAAUCAUUAUCAUGAUAAUAUUACAACAUUAUGGAAAACAACAAAUAUAAGUGCACGUUUUCGGAUUACAUUAAAAUUUACAAUUACACAUAGUUUGGUAUGGUUGAUUGCAUUUUUAGCAUUAUUACAAGCAUCUAUUUCUCUUUGGCAUGUAUUCACAUUAUUAUAUAGUUUACAAGCUAUUUAUAUUACUGUAAAUUGUACAUUUACACGUCCUAUAUUAGAUUUACUUUAUCAAUGGCGUGAAGAAAAAAUGGAUUAUCAUAAAAAUGAACAUCAUCUAUUAUUGAUUAAUCAUAUUUUAAAUACCAAUCAACAAAAUGAUACAAAACAAGAUAGAAUCAAUAAUGUAUUGAUUAAUUAUUAAGCAAGAUUCUAUAUAAACAUUGUUUAUAGGCGGCCUGCUUUAGCAUCUAGGCUACCUGUUCCUGCCAUCUAGAUAUUUCAACAAGUUAUCUAUUUUUGUUUGUUUUAAUAUAUCAUUAUGUCUAUUAAUCGCAUAACAUAUCCUGCUGUAUUUUUGGAAAGUGUACAACUUUUCGUUGUCAAAGUUACAAAAAGCCUAAUAAGAGAUAGUGUGGUCGCUGGCAAUUUGCAGCGAAAAGAAUAUACAUUAUUUAGAUGUUCGUUUACUGGACUGCUAACAUCUAACUGGUGAUCACUCAAUAUUUAUCGUCAGGAUCGACCAAGAAGUAAGAAAUGGAAAUUUGUUGAAAUACUUUGUGCUGAGAAUUCUAUAUUGAACCAAAAAUAUAAUAUUGAAUAAAGCUUAUAAUAAUAAUAAUCAUAUAUUUGUACAUGUUAAUAUACAGUUGUAUAGAUAAAAUAAUAUUCAUUAUAUUAAUUCAUAUUAACAACUAGUGAAGAUCCUGUAUUUGUUUUCAUUAUCAUUUGGCUCAUGCUAUAUAUGUAUGAAUUAACAGAAGUAUUAAAUUUUCUUUUACCUUAACUAUUAUUGCACGAUUUACUGUUCUGAAGUUAUACUCAGUUUAUGGGUCACUGUCUCCCACGUUCACAGACACAUUUUGGCUUUAUUGUGUAUAAAUGUUAUUUCCUAUUUUAUGGGCGUUACAUUCUGUUUGGUUGAUAUAUAAAUCCAGUAUGUCUGAAAUAAAUGAUUCGCAUAGUGGAAGCUGUAUCCGUGUUCUGGACUCAACUGGACGGGUUAGGCGAGCAAGGGACCAAUAAGGACUCUUGGCCGCUCAUACCAGUCGAACAUCAUUGGUUUAGCACAGUGUGAAGAUUGUAUAAGUCAUAUUUCGAUUGGAGGGUGGAUCACGUAAUAAAAAGUGGGUCAAUAAAGUUACAACAGAACCUAAAUAUCUCUAAAUUCCUGUUUACUGUAUACAUACUGGAAAAAAAAUCAUCAUAUUUAACAGAUUUAGUAAGCUUUAAAAUACCUAUUUAUUUUAAUGUUUGCUUUGAAACUGUUUAAUUGAAUAAUACCAAGAGACAACUAUAACUCACAAUAUGGGAUACAAUCACUUUUACUUGGGAUUAAAAAACGAUUCACCAAUCAAUUCAUGUGACACAAAACAUAACUAUUCUUCAGAAAAAACUACUAACUAAAACAAAAUUUUGAUUCAAUCCAAAAAACAGUCAGCAUAACGUAUUUAUAGUUUAUAUUUUCAUCUCAUAUAAUAAUUAAAUGUAAUCUGUUGUGGUGUGUGCUACUUAUAUUGACAUAAGUAGUAUAUGAUGUUAGUCGUGAACAGAAGGUCUGGCAGCAGAGAAACAAGAGGAUCGAACAGUAAAGAAUGGAAACAAAAUAUAAUUUGUACGAAAAUGCAAGAACAAUGAUGUCUGAGUCAUUUUGAGAAAAUUGAUGGACAUUUUGCAAAUUAAGCAUUUCCUAUAUGAUUGUUAGAUUUAUUUAACAAGUCCUGUAAUUUUGUGUUAAAUACAUUCGAUUGUCC